GAACCGGGGAAGGAUUCCCGGCGAGCGUGAUUGACAUGAGAGUGCUGACGAAGGCGGGCAGUUUGCUAGUGGAAUUGGAACGACCGACACGGAUUAUUUUGAAAUCUCCUUGAAAGAAAUUAUAGAAAAUGAAAAUAUAGACAAUUUGUCUUUGAUAUAAUGGUGAUGUGGAUAUCAAUGAGGUUAGUUGUCUGUGCAAUGCUGGUGUCCUUGGUGACAGGGCACAGUGAAAAUCGUGUGAAUAACAUUUAAAGUUGGGAGACCAGUUGAUUCGCUAUAUAAACCAGUAGGCCUACGCCAGAAGGAAACCAGUUUAAUCAGCGCCUCAAUCAAAAAAUGAUGGACUACAGAGAAGUGAACGCGGCAACAAAACCACCAAUAGGCAGGAGGAUGAAGUCGCGGGCCCCCCCUCCCCCCCCGGCUCCAGAACCCGCUCCCCGCAGGAUCUUCCGUAACGCGGUGCCAGACGGAGGAGGUCCGGUGGGGCUGGAGGCCCGGGACAACACCCUGAGGCCCAGCCUGGACAUCCAGAUCACCCUGCCUCACGGACACCAGACCAACAGCACCGUGGACGGCAGCAAGGCGUUGAUGGACCUGCUGGUGGAGUUGUGCGGCCAGUACCACCUGAACCCGUCCUACCACACCCUGGAGCUGCUGGGUGCGGAGGGCCAGGCCGUGGGCUUCAAGCCCAACGCCCUGCUGGGCACCCUGGACGUGGCCUGCGUCCUCAUCAAGGAGAAGGUCUGGGAGGAGAGGGUGCAGAGGAAGCCGGCGCCAAAGGUGCCCGAGAAAACGGUGCGCCUGGUGGUGAACUACCGACGCAGCCAGAAGACUGUGCUGAGGGUGAACCCCCUGCUGCCUCUGCAGUCGCUGCUCUCCCUCAUCUGCAACAAGGUGGAGUCUGACCCCGCCCACGUCCUGCUGCUAUUGGACAACGUGAGCCACCGGGAGCUGCCAUUGGACAAGAGCCUCAGCGAGCUGGGGAUUCGAGAGUUAUACGUACUGGACCAGAGUUUAGUUCUCCAACUUAAAACGGCUUCUGCACCUGUUCUUAACUGCUCAGAGUCUCUCUCCUCUAGCUCUCUGGGGUCCGGUUCCACGGAGAAGAAAGGCCUUCUGGGAUUGUUCACGUUCAGCCGCAGGAAAUCCAAGACUGAAUCCCAGCCGACUGUGGAUAUGGAUGACCAUGAUGACAGUUUAACCCAAAAUACUGACAAAAACUCUAAUGGCCUGUCUGGGACCUGCGGAGGUGGGUGUGUGGAGGCACGCCCCAGCACACUGGGUCAGUCCCAGUCUGUGAUGAACAUCUCCAGGAUGUCCCCCAAGGUGGAGCCCAAGAAGAGGAGGGCCCCGGCCCCGCCCGGCCCCACGCCCACCCCACACCUGCAGCACCACAGCCUGGACACCUACCAGGUGAUUCCAGGCUCUCAGUACUCAGAGAGCCUUCAGAUGAAGAGGAAGGCUCCUGCUCCCCCUCCCACCCCCUCCUCUGUGACCCCCGCCCCAGACACUCCCUCCUCUGCCCCUUCCACCCCCACCCUCACCUCCACCCCUGCCCCCAGCUCUCCAGCCUCCAGCACCCCGGCCACCAGCCUCCUUGCCCAGGACUCGGGCUCAGAGCUCAGCCACAGCCCCAGCGACGACUCGGACGCCGUUGGUUCUCUCUGCAGCAGCAGCAGUAGCAGCCUGGUGGCUGACCACGCCCCAGGCCAUGCCCCCGGCCACGCCCCCGGCCACGCCCCCGGCCACGCCCGCAGCAGUCAGGCUGGCCCGCGGAAACACAGCCCCACCCCCAGCUCUGGGUCAGAGGAGGCGGAGUCAACGAUCAGCCUGAAGGUGGAGGAGACGGAGAACAACAGACACAGCACCCUAGCCUGGCUGUACUCGCGGCGGCGCUCCGUGGACGGUCACCCCCCGGACACGGACGAGGAGGAGGAGGCGGCCUCGCUGGCCAGCAGCGACAGCCUCCAGGACCAGGGCUACGCCGCGUCCGAGGGCAUGGGGGAGGAGCCGGGGGCGGCCGGCUCGCCCGCCGACGGUGGCCUCUCGCGGGGGCCGGGCGGGGGUCAGGUCCAGGACCCGCCCGGCGACGGCUCCAGCGACAGCGACGAGGGGUGUGCCACCUGGGGCUCCAGGCACAGACCCAGCCAGGAUGGCAUCCACAGGAUGAAAGCGGGCAGAUCUGAGGGCAGCUAUGACGAGGACCCAGAGCUCACGCUGGCCAGGCUGGAUGCUGAGUUUGCAGUGCAAGAGGCGACUUGCUCAUCUCCUGAGAGUAACGAGAUUCCGGUGUCGGCGGUGGAUCUGGACGUCCCCGUGACGGCCAUAGACGAGGUCCUGGAGGAGUACGAACAGAGCGAGGCGGAGCAGCGGCGGGCACAACCCCAGACGGCGCCCGCGGGUCACCACUCCACGCAGCAGCCUGGCGACGUGGGCCGGAACAGGAACAACAACGCUGGCUCGUCCUGCGGCCACAACCAGGCCAGCGGUGCUCAGACGGGACCCCUCCACGUGCCCAGGAGCGAGCCUCGUACGCAGGCUCACAGCGCAGAGAAGGAGAAGCCAGCUCCGGGGACGACAACUAAACCACAGCUCCAGAGGCAGAAGGCGACCGCGGACGCUGACCCUAAUCCCGGGAGCUCCCGCAAGCUCCAUGGGCUAGAGAACGGCCCGAGCUCUCUUCCCUCCAGCCACUCCCAAACUGCAGAGAAAGCGGAGGGAGGUCUUGCCUACAGAAGCCAUUCCUCCUCCAGUAAAAUAACCCACAGCCCCGUGUCUCGAUUCGGUAUGAGGACUUUCACCGUUGUCCCUCCCAAGCCAACGGUGGCCCCGACACCGGCCCCCACCGCCCCCACGACCGGAGCCAUCAAGAUCGACGAGCUGGGCAACAUGGUACGAGUGGACCUGCCCAGGAACAAGUUCGGAGGUUCCUCCGAGUCAGGCAUCAAUGUGGAGUCUCCUCUCCUGGGCCGAGCCAAGGCCUUCUGGAGCUCAACCGAGAAACAGGACGCUGCUGCCCUCGUUCCCGGCAGAGGGUCCAGCAUGAGGGCGAGGGAGAAGACCGAAGGAGAUCAGAAAACAUCUCUUGUCACCGCCGCCUCGGGCGCUGCAGGGGGAGUCAGGCUGGAGGAACGUACUGACGAGGUUGGAGAGGUUGCGAAGGAGGGCUGUGCUGAAUCAGAUGGAAACCUUCCGGAAACCUCACAGCAGCCCGUCAACCUGCCUGUCAAGCCUGUGUUCGUCCCGGACAAGAGAGACCUGUCUUUCCUGAAACCCUCCAGGAGAACGUCCAGCCAAUAUGUGGCUUCGGCCAUCACUAAACACACAGCCAAACCCCCUGCUCAUGUUGUCAACAUCACCAACAUCCCAGAAUCGUCUGUCCCUGGGAAAAAAGGUGCCUUCGGCUCUCAGGAAGAAGGCCGGCCCGUUCAGGGGACUCCAUAUCUGCCUUCUCAAAAACCUGUGAGCUCUUCAGGCGAGGGCCGAGGAACGACCGAGUUGAACUCUCACUCUGGAGGUCCUAAAAGGUCAACUAGCUACUCUGUCAGCAGCACAGAGAGGCAGGAGUCCGGGGCACUGAGGCCGGAUAGGGGAGGCUUAACUACCGCCUCAGCCUCAGCCAGAGGGACCUCUAACACCGCCAACCCUAAACCCGCCCCGCCUGCGGCACACACCUCUGCACCGAAACAAACCUCCCUGAACUCCCACAGUAAAGAGCCUCCGGUCCAUGACCAGGCCCCGGCCCGGAAGCGGGACGUCCCGAGCAUCCAGACCACCACUCUCCGGCCCCCCGUGGCCCCCCACCCAGAGGCUCCACCCCCAGGGGAGAUGCAGAUCUCCGGGGGAGCGCCCCUCCCAGAUCCCCAGCAGCUGAACAACGUGUUCGGCCCCGUGAAGAAGUUCAAGCCGGUGAUCCUGAAGUCGGUGGAGAAGGAGACGACACUGCACUCGUCUCUGAUGGAGGCCAUCCAGACCAAUGGAGGCAGGGACCGUCUGAGGAAGAUCGCUGACGGCGGCAGUGUGGCGGUCAAGACGUCGUCCUUCCUGGAGGAGGAGAGCGAGAGGUCUGCGCUGCUGGCGGCCCUCAGAGCUCCUAGCAGCUCCGGGCGGCUGAGGAAGACCCACUCCGAGGCAGCAGAUGAGCUGGAACAGUCCAGGAGAACUGAAGUGGAAAAACACAAUGUUCCCUCUCAUCCUUCCCCUUCCCCCUCUGUCCCUCUCCUUCCCCCUCCCUCCUCGAUGCCCCCCCCUCCUCCCCCUCCCUCCAUGAUGCCCCCCCCUCCUCCCCCUCCCUCCAUGAUGCCCCCCCCUCCUCCCCCUCCCUCCGGCCAGCCCAGGCCCAGCGCGGGGGGGAAUCCUGUCCUGGCUCGGGAGGCCAUGAUGGAGGCCAUAAGGUCUGGCAGUGCUGCUGACCGCCUCAAGAAGGUCACCGCUCCUACGAAAACAGUCAAAGUGAACGGCCGGCUGGGUAUCAUACAGGCUUCGUCAUCCCUCGCUCAGGGACAAUAACGACUUCAUGACAACAUCCACAACCUGCUAAACCGUCAGACUGGAACUCGCAGGCUGCCAAACAAUGCCUAGCGCUUCGAGUCGCUGUUCUUCCUGGUGUUUGGCGAUGUGUACUUGAGAAAGCGCUGUAACUGGAAGGAGUGAUGAGAAUGUGCCAUUCGUUUUUUUCUUCUCUUUUGCAAAUAGCAAUAUAUUUAUUAGCUCGUGGUUACCAAUUAUAUAUGAGAUGCUCUAAAGAUGAUUUUUAGUUUUAUUUUAUUUUUUGUAGUUUUGUAGUUUUCCUAAACCUUUUUAAGACUGUUGUUGAACUGAUGCCUCGAGCUGUGUUAUUGUCAGUGUUACCAUAACGCAGACUACAAUUAGCUGCCAAGCUCUGCCAAGCUCUACACGAGGAGCUUCCAGAGCCGUGCUGCUGGUGCCUCCCAGUCCUCUCCUCCCAGUCCUCUCCUCCCAGUCCUCUCCUCCCAGUCCUCUCCUCC